UCUGCUCUUUCCCAUUUCUACAACUUAAAUCGUUCUUUCCACUUCAAUGUUGUUACGCUUGGUUCCUCGGAUCACAGGAAUACAAGAAGUGGCUCAGGUUCCAGGAAAAGCUUUCACUUAGCACUCUUCUUAAUGCUGACAGGACUUGGAUCAAAUGUUUCCAUCAAAGGAUGUCGGUCUAAAUUAAAUGCUUUCACAGAUUUUCUGGCUUACAAAUGGAAGAAAACUGAAACUUUAGCUAGCUUUGGAUUGAUCGGAUAAUUUCUCCGGAAACUGCGGUGGCUCUUACGCGUGUCUGAACUUGGACAAAAAAACGGACAUUUGACUUGUAACAACCUGUAGGUUCUUCCUCUCCUUUUUACUUUCUUUUUGCGGUGUGUCUCCUUUAAGAAACGUAUGCUUGACAGAUAAAUUGGCUUUUAUCUUGUCAGACGAUCCCCGCGAAUGGAACUCUCGAGGACUAUAUUAUGCUGGCACAACCGCAGUUUCUUCAUUGCCACGUGCUGUUGACAAAUCGCGUGCUUCUCCAUUUCAUCUCCACCUGCUUCAUAGUUCAACACAAAUGUUCUCUAUGCCUUCGAUACCCUUACUUUUCAGUUUCUACAGUCCCUAUAGUUGUGCAUAAAACUGUUAAAUACUAAUCUGGAAAAACUGCUUCUGUUAUGGAAAUGAUGCCACCCUCUACUCCUAAAUCUCCUUUCCUUAGCUCCUCACUUGAAGAAGCUCAUGAAGAUCGAAGAUUCAAAUGCUAUAGGGGUGUUCGAAAAAGGGCAUGGGGCAAGUGGGUGUCUGAAAUCAGAGUCCCAAGGACUGGAAGACGAAUAUGGCUAGGUUCAUAUGAUGCUCCAGAGAAGGCAGCUCGAGCCUAUGACGCUGCUUUGUUUUGCAUUAGGGGUGAGAGGGGAGUUUUCAAUUUUCCCUCUGAUAAAAAGCCGCAGCUUCCUGAAGGUUCUGUCCGGCCUCUGUCCAAGCAUGACAUACAGACAAUAGCAACAAACUAUGCUUCAUCAGUUGUGUCUGUGCCUUCUUCUACCACUACAAUCCCGGUAACAGCUCAAGUUACCUCUCAGGAUCCUGCUUCCCCUGAUGCAUCUGUUACUACUGAGAUUAUAGAGAUGGCCAAUGAACAUUAUCUCCCAGUGAACGCAACUGCAGAAUCAAUAUUCUCAGUAGAAGACUUAGAGCUGGACAAUUUCCUCAUGAUGGACAUUGACUGGAUAAACAAUCUAGUCUGAUCACGCGUAACAGCGCCUGCAGUUACUUUUAGCUUUAAUAUGGUUUGACUACUAGUUACCUGUGUCCCUUUAGGUGCCUAUUGUGAGGGUAUACUUGCAUCCUUGUCUUUGAACUUGUUUUAUGUACCAGGCAGUUUGUUGUUCUUGUUUUGCAUGUGUGUGCUCCUUUUUUUUCUCUACUUGGACUUCAUGAGAUGUUGUACAUGAAUGAAAUUAUUAGGAGUUGGUGUCCAACCUAAAUAUUCUGUUGCAUGUUUGAGGCAUUGUUUUCCAUAUCGUACCCACAUGACCUGCCUCUCGUUUUUCUACACUUCUCCAAUAA